AUGUCGCGAUUUCUUCAAUUACCACAGUCUAGUAGUACUUCUAAUUCUAAUAAUGAACAAAUAUUAAAUAAACAAGACCAAUCUAAACCACAGUCCGUCGUAGAAAAUGUUUUUAAUGAAAAUUUAGAUAUUGCUUUACCACCUUCAAGUGAAAAAAGUGAAAAGCCAAUACCACAGUCUAGUAGUACUUCUAAUUCUAAUAAUGAACAAAUAUUAAAUAAACAAGACCAAUCUAAACCACAGUCCGUCGUAGAAAAUGUUUUUAAUGAAAAUUUAGAUAUUGCUUUACCACCUUCAAGUGAAAAAAGUGAAAAGCCAAUAUCGCAUAAUCUAGAUUCAACAACUAUUUUAAAUGUUGUUAAAGACAUAGACGUCUUAUCAGACCCUUAUAACUGGCCAGAUUCUAUAAAUUCCUACCUAAGAGUUGAUUUAGUCAAACUUGGACCAAGAAGAAAUAUUAACAUAAAAUAUCCUAUUAGCUCAAUUGAUAAAACUGAAAGACAAUUUUCUAAUAGUUUGUAUUCUAGAAAAUUAUCUAAUGGUGAGUUUAUUGAUCGUCAGUGGCUAGUAUAUAGUGUUUCGAGUGAUCGCGUCUAUUGUUUUUGUUGUAAACUUUUUCCAAGUCACGCAACGAAUCUACGUAUUAGUUCUUUGGCUACUGUUGGUUUAAGGGACUGGAAACAUAUAUCUGAAAGAUUGAAAACGCAUGAAAUUUCUCAAGCUCACAUAAAAAGUGCAAUUGAUUGGUCAGAAUUGAGGCAAAGAUUAGGAAAAUUAGAGACUAUUGAUAAAGCCCAUCAGAUACUCUUAGAAAAAGAAAAAAAUCAUUGGAAAGAAGUCUUAAAGCGUAUUAUAGCGGCAAUACAUUUUUUGGCUAAGCAUAACGACGCAUUUAGAGGUAACACGGACAUUCUUUACCAACCUAAUAAUGGCAAAUUUCUAGGUCUGAUGGAAAUGUUUGCCAAAUUUGACCCUUUCAUUUUUGAACAUUUGAAAAGAAUAAGAGAUCAUAAAACUCAUACUCAUUACCUAGGGCAUGAUAUACAAAAUGAGUUAAUUGAGAUAAUGGCCAGCGAAAUAAAUAAAAAAAUUAUUCAAAAAAUUAAAUCUGCCAAAUAUUAUGCCGUUAUUAUGGAUUGUACGCCAGACAUAAGCCGCCAAGAGCAACUUUCUUUAGUUAUUAGAAUUGUAGACAUGAGUUUAGACGAUGAAUUUACAAAUCCUACUAUUAAGGAAUUCUUUAUAGAUUUUACAAAUAUUUGUUCUUCUACUGGGUUAAAUCUUUCGAAUGUACUUUUAAAAAAAUUAAAAGAUUAUGAUAUUGAUAUAGCUGACUGCCGUGGACAGGGUUACGAUAACGGUGCCAAUAUGGUUGGUCAAUAUCAAGGUGUCCAAAGUAGAAUUUUAAAUCAGAACCCUCGAGCUUUGUUUAUGCCUUGUUGGGCACAUAGCCUCAAUCUAGUUCUAAAAGAUACGGCUAAAACCUCUGCACGAGCUAUGCACUUUUUUGGGACUAUAGAAAGAAUAUUUACUAUAUUUUCAGCAUCGACUGCUCGAUGGGGUAUUUUUAAAAAACAUUGCCAUCAAUGGACUGUUAAAAAGUGGUCAGAAACCAGGUGGGAAAGUCGCCACUCAAGUGUUAAAGCGAUUAGGUUUCAGGUUAAGGAAAUCAUAGAUGCUUUAGAUGAAAUUAAUGAAACAACUAAUGAUUCCAUGAUAUCGAGUGAAACGAAUUCAUUAACUGCAGAAAUGUGUACUUACAAUUUUUUAAUUAGUUUUUGUAUUUGGUACAGCGUUUUGAAUGAAGUAAAUAUUGUUAGCAAAUCACUUCAAAAUCCACAAACUAAUUUAAAUACAUCUACAAAGUUACUUAAAGCUCUCCAAAUAUUCUUAACCGAGUACAGAAAUGAUGGUUUUAAUGCGGCCAAAAGAGAAGCAUGUGAUUUAGCAAACAAGUUAAAAAUUGAACCAGCCUUUAAAAUACAACGAUUACGAAAAAAAAAACAAAUGUUUGGAUACGAAGGAGCCGAUGACGUCAUACAAAACACAGAAGAUGAAUUUAAAUGUAAUUACUUCUUAGUUAUAGUGGAUGGUGCAAUAAGUGCAAUAACAAAGCGAUUCGAUCAAAUAAAUACAUUUAAUGACGUUUUUGGAUUUUUGUAUGAUGUUGAAAAACUUUGUUAUGUCCCUGAUUUAGAAAUUUUUAAUUGCUGCAAAGAUUUGGAAAUACGUUUGUCAGAUAAUGACAAAAAAGAUUUAAAUGGUUAUGAUUUAUUCGAAGAAAUAUUAAUUUUCCGCCAUUUAAUUGAUAAAAAUACUACACCACUUCAAGUACUUUCUGAAAUAAAAAAAACGAACGCAUUUCCCAACUUAAAUAUUGCCUUACGAAUUAUGUUGACAAUUCCGCUUACAUCAGCUGGAGCAGAGAGAACAUUCUCAAAAUUAAAACUUAUUAAAACUUAUUUACGAAGUACCAUGUCACAACAAAGACUUACUGGUCUUGCUACAAUUUCUAUAGAAAAAGAACUUCAGAACAACUAA